AUGGGUUCUUCAUGUAACCCCUCUUCUGUCAAUGGUUUCUACAACUUUCUUGCACAAGGACUCGAUGAGCUUCACCAAUCCUUCAUUUCCCAUAACUUCAUGUCAGUUCAAUUCCUCUCAGAGGUGCUCUCAUCUCUCCGAUCCUUUCAUUCACAGUUAACAGUUUUGGUACAAAAGCUUCGCUUACCAGGUGGAGGAAAAUGGUUGGAUGAAUACAUGGAUGAAAGCUCAAGGCUCUGGGAUGCUUGUCAUGUCAUGAAAUCUGCCAUUUCUGGAAUGGAAAAUUGCUGUUCAGCUGCCUCCACUGUUGCUUCCUCACUGGAUACCUACCAGCAUCUCACUCCAGAGAUUUCACGUCAGGUUAUCCGCUCAAUAAACAUAUACCAGAGGGAAAUUCUAGUACUGGAAGAGGAAAACAAGAGCUUAAUGGAAACAAGAAUUCAACCAUUGUCUCUGUGCCUGAACCAGAACAUCCCAAUGGAAUCAAAAUUAAACGGUUUCAGUGGGUUUCGAGGUGUUCUUCACGCAAUGAGGAGUGUAAGUUCAUUGCUUCUGCUGAUUCUUCUUUCUGGGCUCGCUUACUGCUGGUCUGCCUCCUUCUUUCAACAACGCGACACGGAAGAACACUCAGGAUUCGAAUGUGGGUUGAUGGAUUCAAUGGCUAGACUGGAGCAAAAAGUGGGAGAAGAGAUAGAACAGAACGAAGGACAAAGUGGGAUUUUGCUGUUCGAGUUUCAGCAAGCGAGGAUUGCCAUGGAGGAAUUGAAGGAAGCAUUGGAGAGAACAAGAGAGGGACGUGAAGGAUUUGAGAUUGAAGAGAAAGUUGAGAAGUUGAAGAGCUGGAUUGGGAUGUUGAGAUGUGGGGUUGAAUCCAUUGCAGGACAGACUGAUGAUUUGGUUGAUGAAAUAGUGCAAGGAAGGAAGAAGCUUUUGGACAUGUCUAGUUAUAUGUAGACUGAGACGAAGAUAACAAGGAGAAAAAAAAUUGCUUAACAAUCAUUUUUAUUUUUUUUUAUCUCAUUUAUUUGUUUUAAUUUGCUCCAUUUUCUGUUCUUUUAGUUACUAUUUCAGUUUUUUUUUAUAAAAUAUUCAUUUUCCAUUUUAUUA